AUGCCAUCUGCCGACAGUACACAAGCCGGGCGCGCAAGCGUCAUCAGCGACCCUCAGCGUGGGAAUGUUGACUCGCAGGGGAUUCCACUGGAGGCUCUUGCAGCAGCAGAGGCUGGCCAAGCCGGUGUUGAACAAGCCUUCGCCAAGAUGCUCAGCGCCGCCAAGAUCCAGCAGAUGGAUUAUGUGUAUCGGGCGGUCAGGAUUUAUCCAGAGGCCAUAGCUCUGGCAAGCUUUCGCAAGGCCGACCUCGUGCACAAGUGCUAUAUGCGGGCGUGUGCUGCCUUCAAGGCUCGCGACGACGAGGCCUUGCCCCAGGUCCUCGAUGAACUGUGUGACAAAGUAGACUCCCAGCGUAAGUCUUUUGCCUUCGUAUGCGAUGACCUACUCUCAGUGACACCCAUUUCAGUAGCCCUCAUGCAAAAAUGGCAGGCAGUCGAGGCUCUUCCUACAUUAAGCCAUCGCGAUCAUCUGCGUCUGGCACAGUGCCUCAGUGCCCGCGAAGGCAUCAUCGACGAGAUGUGGUCUGGAAAGAGCGGAGAGUGGAAAAAGGUCAAGCCGAUCCCAAAGGUCGAAGACCUGGCAAGAUCCGCGGCUGUGGCUAUCAAAGACCGGAUUCCCCCAUGGCUGGCUUGGCUUCUGCCCGAGGAGGAGGUCGAAAUCAAUGGCAGGCCAGCUCGGUCCAUCAAUAUGCACUGGCUGGUCAGGGUCAUUGCCACGGCGAUCAUCUUGGGACCCUUCGUCCUCUUUGCAACGCCGAUCGUUCUACUGGCGAUGGAUGCCUUUGCAAAGCAAGUGAAUGUUGCUAUCCUCGUCUUGUCGGCCAUGGGGUUCUUCAUCUUCCUUGUUUGGUGGGUUUCAGGGCAGAACGGACAGAAUACAGAUAAUCUCGUGUUCUUCCUCCUUGCUUACACAGCCGUGCUUGGAAAUAUCAACAUCGGAGGCAAGUAG